AUGGGCAAGAAAGCCAUGAAGAAGGUGAAGGGGAAAGCGGCAAAGAAAGGCAAGGCUGAAGCCAAGCAGGAAGUCGCAGGCAAGAAGAAGGCCGUCAAGCCAGAGGAGGAAGAUGAAGAGUCGAGUGAGGACGAGAUGCCGCUUCCAAAAGCAAAGGCGAAGCCAGCCAAGGCGGCCCCUGUUGCGGACGACGACGACGAUGAGGAUGAGGAUGAGUCGCCGCCAAAGCCAAAGGCAAAGGCCCCAAAGGCAAAAGCCAAAGCAGCUGCCGAGGACGAUAGUGAUGACGAGCCAGUACCAAAGAAGGGCAAUACAAAGGCAGCCGCCAAGGCCAAGACUGCAGCAGAUGACGACGACGAUGAAGAUGACGACGAUGACGAGGAGGACGAGGAGGACGAGGAGGAAGAGACCAAGCCCAAAGCAAAGCAGCCGAAAGCCAAAGCUGCCCCGAAGAAGGGAGAGGAAGAUGACGAGGAUGACGAGGAGGAAGAGGAGGAGGAGGAGGUACCCUUGAAGAAGAGGAGAAUUGACCUGGAGGGAGAAGGAGGAGACACGAAGGUCUUUGUUGGUGGCAUCCCCUGGAGCGUUACAGAAAAGCAGCUCCGCAAAGACUUCGAAGAGUGCGGCGAGAUCGAGGACCUGGCAAUGCCGGCAAAGGUGGCCUUCAUCACCUUCAAGACCCAGGCCGCCGCCCAGAAGGCCUUGGAGUUCGAUGGCGACGACUACGGCGGCAACAACAUCAAGGUGAACAUCGCCACCAACAAGGGCGACAAAGGCAAGGGAAAAGGAAAAGAUGGAGGCAAGAAAGGAAAAGACAAGGGCAAGGGGAAGGGAAAAGAUAAGGGGAAAGGAAAAGGUAAGGAUGGUAAGGGUAAAGGCAAGAAAGGGAAAGAUGGUAAAGGAAAGUUUAAAAGCGGGCCCAAAGGCAAGAGUAAGACCUUCGAUGACGAUGACGACGCUGACGAGUGA